ACCAAUCAGGGUCCGGCUUUGAGAUUCCCGUGUUUACUUCAACAUGGCGGAUAUUUACUACUUCACAGACGACGAGGCGGAGAACAGUAAAGAAGACGGCGGGAGCGGCGGCGGCGAAGGCCCCGCAAGCGGCAUGGGCGUCGGGGGCACUGACAGCGUAGGCGCGAGCGGCCAGCCCACGUUAGGGGGCGGCGGACACAGCGACGAGGAGGACGAGGAAGAAGAGGAAGAGGAAGAAGGCGGAGGUGGAGGAAGAGGCGUGGCCGAGGAGGAAGGGUGCGGAAACGGAGGCGAGGAGGACCCGGCGGCGGCCACGCCCCUCGCUCGCCUCCUCAAGUGCGCCCACUCAGACAACUACUUCGACAGGUAAGGAGGGUCAGGAACGGGACUUCCUACAGAGUGAACUCCCGUCUUCACAAUCAUCAUCUGCAGCCUCUUUCUCUGUCUCUGUGUCUCUGUCUCUGUCGCUCUCUGCUCUCUUCUCUCCUCUCUUCCC